AUGGCGCCCAAGAAAGCCGAGAAGGCGAAGGCCGACAAAGCCGAGAAGGCGGCGAAAGCGGUGAAGACCAACGUUGGCAAGAAGGUGAAGAAGAUCCGAACCAAGGUUCGCUUCUACAAGCCCAAGACCUUGGAAAAGGCCAGGAAUGGCAAAUACCCUCGAAAGUCCGUGGAGUCUCGAGGGGACAAACUGGACAAGUACCGCAUCAUCCAGUGCCCUGUGACCACAGAGUCCGCCAUGAAGAAAAUUGAGGAGAUCAACACUUUGGUGUUUUUGGUGGAUGUCAAGGCCACCAAGCCCAAGAUCAAGGACGCUGUGAAGCAGCUCUACGAUGUGAAGUGCGCCAAGGUCAACACCCUCAUCCGCCCUGAUGGGAAGAAGAAGGCCUACGUUCGUUUGACCCAGGACUAUGAUGCCCUGGAUGUGGCCAAUCGCAUUGGCAUCAUUUAA